AUGCUUCUAAAACUAUCCGCGAGCCUCCACUACCCGAUCACCAUCACCGAGCUGUUGAAGAGCCCCGGCGACACCAUCCAACAAGGCGAGGCCAUCUUCGCGUACUACUACCGCACAACAGUGACGGAGGGUGACGGGUUGGGAAACAAGGUUGAUGUCCUCAAGACCUUCCCGACGAGGUUUGAGUCUGUGGUUGAUGGGGAGUUGGUUGGCUGGAAGGUUAGGGUUGGUGAGGUUGUUGAGAGGCCGAUUGACGUUGCAGAGAUCCAUGAGCCGUGCUCCCAUGAGGUGCAGUUUGGCGGCAUGUGCGCCAACUGUGGGAAGGAUAUGACUGAAUUCAACUACAACACCGAGGUGCUCGAUUCCUCCCGCGCCCCAAUUCGCAUGAUCCACGACAACUCCUCCCUAACAGUCAGCAAAAGCGAAGCAACACGGGUAGAAGAAGAUGCGAAACGGCGCCUCCUCUCAUCGAGACGCCUAUCCCUCGUCGUCGACCUCGACCAGACCAUCAUCCACGCGACCGUGGACCCGACGGUGGCAGAAUGGCAACAGGACAGAGACAACCCGAACCACGAAGCAGUCAAGGACGUGCGCGCUUUCCAGCUCGUGGACGACGGCCCAGGCAUGAAGGGAUGUUGGUAUUACAUUAAGCUGCGACCGGGGCUGCAAGAGUUCCUGCAGGAAAUCUCCGCGCUGUACGAGCUGCAUAUCUACACCAUGGGGACGCGCGCGUAUGCGCAGAAUAUAGCCGCCAUCGUGGAUCCGGACAGGAAGAUUUUCGGAGAUAGGAUUCUAAGUCGCGAUGAAAGUGGGAGCUUGACGGCGAAGAAUCUUCAGCGGCUUUUCCCUGUCGAUACGAAGAUGGUUGUUAUCAUUGAUGAUCGGGGGGAUGUGUGGAAGUGGUCUGAUAAUCUGAUUAAGGUGUCGCCGUAUGAUUUCUUUGUGGGGAUCGGGGAUAUCAAUUCUAGCUUUUUGCCGAAGAAGCAGGAUCUUAAGACACCCCCCAAGGGAGGUGCCAAGGCGACGACGAAGGGCACUGCUUCUGCAGCGGGGAGAACAGCGGUUAAUGGGUCGCCAGGGGCAACGGGUACAGAUGGGAAAGCAGACACGGAAGUAUCCGCUUUAGAACAACUGGUUACCAUGGGCGGCGGUGACGAUCCCGAGUUACUCCAGGAACAGGCCAAUGAACAGGAAGAAGCGAUCGCACAUCAAGUGGAAGAACGGCCACUGCUCCAGAAGCAAAAACAGCUCGACGCGGAGGAUGAAGCGGCCGAAUUGCUAGCUUCCAGCAGCGAAAAUGGCGAUUCAUCCAGUGAGGAAUCGCAUGACUCGUCGCGCCACCGGCAUCACCUGCUAGAAGACAAUGAUGGUGAACUAUAUAGACUCCAGGAGCGGCUGAAGGCGGUCCACAAGGCGUUUUUCGACGAAUAUGAUCGGCGACGGACGAAUUCCCUGGGAGGCAGGGUAUCUGCGCUACGAGGUGAACGUGCACCACCGACUAGGGAUAAGGAUAUAGAUCUCCAUAUCGUCCCGGACGUAGAAGUGAUAAUGCCGCAGAUCAAGCGGGUGAUCCUCGACUCCGUCGUCCUUGUAUUCUCCGGCGUCCUACCGCUGGGAACCGACAUGCAGAACGCGGACAUCUCGAUGUGGGCCAAGAGCUUUGGCGCAACCAUCUCGAACAAGAUUAAUUUGCGGACAACACAUCUUGUGGCGGGGAGGAAUCGGACGGCGAAAGUAAGGGAGGCGACGAGGUAUCCAAAUGUCAAGAUUGUAACGGUGCAGUGGCUUUUAGAUUCGAUUACGCAGUGGAAGCGGCUGGAUGAGAAGGCGUAUCUCGUCCAUGUCCACCCGGAGGAUAGGGGGGAGCCGAUUGGUGAAGGCGAGGGAAAUUCGUCGUCGUCUGGGUCGAAUAAGGGCUCUGUGUCGAAUUCGAAUGGGAGUUUCGAUGAGGGGUCUUUGCUCUCUUCGUCUGAGGAUGCGGAGGAUGGGGAUGAUGACGACGACGACGAGGAGGAGGAGGAGGUGGGGGAGACGGAGGCGGAUGGUGGCACGGAUAAUAAUAGCGAAGAUACGGAGAGCGAAGCGCCGAGGAAGGGAUUGAGGAUACGAACGCGUGAUAUCGAUGAAGAGAUUUUGCAGUCAGCUGGUCUAACUGAGCAUUCGCCUAUUGGGUAUGAUGCUGGCGAACGGGCUGCGGUGCAUGAUGAGCUGAGGGAGUUUUUGGGGAGUGACGAUGAGGGGAGCGAGAGUGAGAGUGACUUUUCGAUGGGGGGGUCGUUUGGGCAGGGAAGGGAAUUAGAAGGGCAAGGGGAAGGGCAAAGGGAAGAGGGAAUACCUAGUGGGAAAAAGCGGAAACGCGACGCGGAGGGGAAAGAGGGGGAGAGUGGAAGGGAGUUGAGCGCUGCGGAAGAUGAGGGUGGAGGUGGAGGUUCUGGAUCGGGGUCGGGGUCGGGAUCGCGUCUUUCGCAAAAGAUCAAAUUAUUGCAUGAGAGGAAUACGAGGUUGAAGCAUGUUGCGACGGUACGGUCUAGGGGGUCUUCUGAGGCGCCUGCCACUUCUUCCGAUGGAGAGGCAGCAGCUGUUGAUGAUAGAGCAGGCGAUGGCGAUGAUGACGAAGAUGAUGAUGCUGGGAGUGCUGAUGGUAAUGGCGAUGGUGAUGGAGAAGUGGGCGGGAAAGGCGGUGACUCUGAUACGACCGGGAAAUCCACAACUGGAUAUAAUAAUAAUGAUAUGGAGCCUGAAGAUGAGGAGGAUGCGUUGGAGAGGGAGAUGUUGGCUGCUUUUGAGGAUGCGGGGUGGGAAGAGGAAGGGAAGGAGAAGGAAGAAAGAAGGUUGGAUGUUGAGGAGUAG